AUGGCCAGAACAAACACUUCCAAGCUUCACAUAGCUAUGUUUCCAUGGUUUGCUACUGGUCACAUGACUCCAUUCCUCCACCUCUCAAACGAGUUAGCCAAAAGAGGACAUAGAAUCACUUAUUUUCUACCAAAGAAAGCUCAGCUUCAACUACAACACCUGAAUCGUUACCCACAUCUCAUCACAUUCCACAUUGUCACCGUUCCACAAGUAGAUGGUCUUCCUCCAGGCACCGAAACUGCUUCAGAGAUUCACAUUUCUUUGAACAAUCUUCUUGUCAUAGCGACGGAUCAAAUACGCGACCAAGUAGAGCUAGCAUUAAGUGCAACAAAACCUGACUUUGUGUUCUAUGAUAGCGCACAUUGGAUCCCAGAAUCAGCAAAGAAGUUUGGUAUCAAAACCAUUUGUUACAAUGUGGUUUGUGCUGCGAGUUUGGCUAUAGCACUUGUUCCUGCGAGGAAUCUUCCAAAGUAUAGGCCUAUUACUGAGGAAGAACUAAGCCAGUCACCAUUAGGGUACCCUUCGACCAAAGUAGUGCUUCGUGGUCCUCAAGCAAGAUCAUUGUUGUUCAUAUCACUACCAUGGGGUGAAGGCAGCACAUUUUAUGAGCGCAUAACAACGGCUUUGAAAGAAAGCGAUGCCAUAGCUAUAAGAACAACCAAAGAGAUUGAAGGAAGCUUUUGUGAUUACGUGGCAUCACAAUAUGAAAAGCCAGUGUUAUUAACAGGACCAGUGUUGCCUGAGGAGGCUGAUGGUAAGUUAGAAGAACGUUGGGCUAAUUGGCUUGAUGGGUUUGAACCUGGUGCUGUGGUUUUUUGUGCAUUUGGGUCACAAAUCAAUUUGGAAAAAGAACAAUUCCAAGAGCUGUUGUUAGGGUUUGAGCUUUCAGGGUUUCCAUUUUUGGUUUCUCUUAAGGCUCCUAAUGGGUGUGAAACUGUGGAAGAAGGGUUACCGGAGGGGUUUGAAGAGAGGGUGAAGGGAAGAGGAAUGGUUUCAAGGGGUUGGGUUCAACAGCCAUUGAUCUUGAAGCAUGAAUCUGUGGGGUGCUUUGUGAAUCAUUGUGGGUUUGGUUCUAUGUGGGAGUCUUUGAUGAGUGACAAACAGAUAGUGCUAGUUCCAUUUCUUGGUGAUCAGAUUUUGAAUACGAAGCUUCUGGUUGAGGAACUUGAAGUGGCUGUUGAGGUUGAAAGAGGAGAAAAUGGGUGGGUUUCAAAAGAGAGCUUGUGUAAAGCCAUUAAGUUAGUGAUGGAUGAAGGUAGUGAUGUGGGUGCUACAUUGAAGAAGAACCACACUAAAUGGAAGGAAACAAAGGGGAGUCCAAAGCUAAUGAAUGGUUAUAUUGAUAGGUUUAUCCAAGAUCUUCAAGAACUUCCCAAGUGA